AUGGGAUAUCGCCUCUUGGGGAUCUGGACAUCGCAUGCGCUACGCGCAAUCUACUCUAGUUCAUCCUACCCGGGGGGGGGGAAGACCCUUGUUGGAUUAUCGGCCCUGAAUUCAGCUUACACUCCUGGUGGUUCCAGUGUUUGUCCCGGUCUACAGAGUACUCUUUAUAGAGGUCAGAGUACUACUCUUCAGCAUGCAUCGUCAUCAGGUACUAGCAGACGGUCUAAGGUUUCUACCGAAGAAAUUGAUGAUUGGGUUGUGACAGACGACGUACCUGGCGGGCCAUGUGAUGGGUCAGUGAUUCCUAGUUUUCUUGGACACACUGCUUAUCAAUUGUGGAAUGGAGAACCACGAGAUUACCUUACCAUUAAGCCAGCGAAGAAGAGUUUGUCUAGAUUGCAUGGAUGGAGUGGUGGCAGGAUCAGUGCUUCGCUUAUGACUGAGCUGCACAGAGGUAUUGGCAAUAUUGGAGAGUACUCCUGGGGAUCCGGUACACUAGCAUUCCUCUACCGUCAGCUUGGUAUUGCUAGUCGAGCGGGGUGUACCACGAUGGCUGGUUGUAUGACCCUUCUCCAGGCAUGGAUAUAUGAGUAUUUUUCAUGCUUCCAGCCCUCCAAGAGGCGAGGACGUCGAGGUGUUGUUGGUUGGCCCAGAGCCCGAGACUGGACCCCUGUUAGCUAUAAGGGGCCGAGGCCUAUUCAUAGUCGUCUCCAGCAGAUUCGUACGCAGCUCGACGCGAUGACUGAGCAAGAGGUCGAAUGGGAGCCAUUUGGUCGUGAUCAGGCUGCAGCACAUCCGAGGACCAUAUUCAGUGGGUGGAUUAUGUACCACGACUUCCAGGAGCCAUACAUGCCGGAGAGAGUGCUACGCCAGCUCGGUUAUGUGCAGUACAUACCUCGUGCGCCGCUCACACCGGUUACUCAGUUUCGCGGGAAAAAUGCGCACAAGUAUUUUGUUGAGCGUCCUAUUGCCGAGACAUGUAACUGUUGGGUUAGAUUUCCGGAGUCGGAGUGCAUCAGCCUCAGUCAUUGUGUGCCGGUAUCGUCUCUCGAGUGGAUGCGUGAGAUGGAGAAGUUGACUCGAGUUUGCAUCGAUGAUUUGAAGAAGCUCGAUGUGGGUCUAGGUGAGAAGUGGGAUACUCGCCUGGAUGAUGUCAUCUUCCGGUACAGUCAGGCCCCAUGA